AACAAAAAGAAACAUUGAUCGUUAGCAUUAUAUGUCGCAUAUUUCUACCAAAGAAACCGAUUCAUUCUUAAAGUUAAAAGUAGCUUAUUACACUUUUAAAAGGCAUUUGGGACCAAUCGAAGCAAAAUGAGCCUAUUUUCUUCGCCUGCAUUUAGGAUUUUCAAUGCAGAGAGUAAGUGGAGAGAUGCCGACCGAACCGCUGUUAAACCUGGAGGCAACAAACUUCAAAUCAGGAAGCCCCUUGUGGACCGCUCGGUUAACUGCAACACACCCGAUGCUAAAAUAUCAGGAAAAGUUGCUGCCUCUGGAAAACAACCUCAAGUACUCCAGAAGAAAUGUGUAGAUUCUUGUGUCAGUACCUUAGGCUCUGACUUGGAGAUCGAUUAUGACUUAAAAUUCUCUUACAAAGAGAUCCAACAAGUCGAAGAUUUCAUGCCCUUCACCAAGAGAAUUGAAAUAAAUGAUGUCUACCACAUUAUGAAAAAUUACUUGGGCAAAGACUCCACUCCUCCACCAUCACCGACUAAAUUUGAUUUUCAGUGGGAGCCUUUAGAAAUUAAUAAUUCAAUCUGUGAUGAUUCAUUUAAAUCUACUAGUUCUUUUGAUAGUGAUGACAUAUCAUAUGCUAGGGAACUCCCUGAAUAUAACAAUAUUGAGUUGCCCCCGCCCAUUGAUUUUGAGGACUUUUGUAUGUAAUUUAUGCUGAGUUCAUUUCAGUAUUAUAAGUUUUGUUUAUUUAUUGACAAAUUUCCAUUUUUUGGGAUAAAUAUUAAAUAAAUAUUUUAGCACAUGUAGGGUGCCUUCUCUCUUUAAAACGUAUUUUCUUAUUUUUUUUAUAAAUAAAUCAAUAAAAAUCUA